AUGGAUGUGCUAAACACGACCAUGAAUUCGUUCAACCAGACGAAAGACUACUUUGUUGUCCUCGAAGAGGUUUCAAAGUACAAUGUCCAGCUCAAUUUCCUCGAGAAGCUCUGGGCCGCCUGGUACCUUUGGAUGCAGAACGACACCCUCGCGACCGGAAUCAUGAGCUUCGUCCUCCACGAGCUCGUCUACUUCGGCCGCUGCAUUCCUUACAUGAUCAUGGACUUCAUUCCCUUCUUCAACCGCUACAAGAUUCAGUCCCAGAAGAUUCCCACCCUGAAGGAGCAAUGGGACUGUGCCGCCAUCGUCCUCGUUAGCCACUUUACCGCCGAGCUUCCUCAGAUCUGGUUCUUCCACCCCAUCGCCACCUACCUCGGCAUGGACUACAACGUGCCCUUCCCUCCCGUCUGGAAGAUGGCCUACCAGAUCGCCAUCUGCUUUAUUAUGGAGGAUGCCUGGCACUACUGGUUCCACCGCGCCUUGCACUACGGCCCUCUCUACAAGGCCAUCCACAAGAUGCACCACACCUACUCCGCUCCCUUCGGUCUCGCCGCUGAGUACGCCUCCCCCAUCGAAACCGCCCUCCUCGGUAUUGGUGUCGUAGGCUGCCCCAUCGUCCUCCUCAAGGUCACUGGCGAGCUUCACCUCUUCACCAUGUACGUCUGGAUCGUCCUGCGACUCUUCCAGGCCAUCGACGCCCACAGCGGCUACGAUUUCCCCUGGAGCUUGCGCCACUUCCUCCCCUUCUGGGCUGGCGCUGAGCACCACGACCUUCACCACGAGAAGUUCAUUGGCAACUACGCCUCCAGCUUCCGUUGGUGGGACUUCUGCCUGGACACCGAGGCCGGUGCCGAGGCUCACAAGCGCCGCCGUGAGAAGAAGCUGGCUGCCAUCAAGGCCCAGAAGAAGGCUCAAUAA